AUGGCCUUGAACUAUUCGCAUAUGCCGGUAUUUCCACCCCAUAUUUCCGAUGAUAAUUUGUGGUCUCCUAUGAGGAUUGUGAAUGGGUGUCUUGCUGAGGGUAUUCCUGAGAAGAAUGUGGAAGGUUAUGGGAGGCCGUGGCAUGUAAAUCGAGGGGAGUUUGAGGAGUGGAAUAUUAACAGAGGGAAGGAUAGAGCUGACUGUUGUCGCUCGCCCGAGUCAAAUUCUAAGGACAUUGUUGACCUUUUGCCCUCUGACCCAUUUGGGAUGGACAUUGAGACUACCUUCACAGCCAUCACCGGGUGGCUUGAGGACUUGGAGGUUGACUACAGUGGGUAUUUGAGUAGCAGCAAUUGGAGGUCCGGUCAAGAAAAUUACAAUUUAUUUGCUGACUGGAGUGUAAUUUGGAAUAAUGCGUUGAAGUUCCAACCAUUUUGUGGCAAUCAUCAGCACAAUCAGAUUGGACUUCAGUACUUGAGUAAUCCUCAAGUUGACAAGAAGUCUCGUUUGGCUACACAUUCUUGCCCAAGCAGUAGCCAGCUUGGGGUGGAGAGAGAUAUGGGGGAUCCACUCGCCCCUUAUGACUUUGGGUUUCAAACAGUCUGUGAUGAGGGGGGGAUUGCAGGCAUCAACGAGGAGAGCACUUGCUGUAGUUCUGAGCUUCAACUUGGGGAAAAAAUGGAGGGUUUUGCGAAAGAUGGAGCACUGCAUGAAGCUUGGAAUUUUGCACUAAGCUAUCUGGGAGUCAAGGAACUUUUGUCUGUGGAAAGGGCUUGUAAGUCCUUCCGGGUGUCGGUGAAAGAGGCGUACUGGCUGUGGAUGAGCAUCCACAUCGAUCAGCCUCUUAAUGAGAGGAUCACGGAUGAUCUUCUUUUGCAAUUGGCUAGCAGGGCAAACGGUAACCUGCAGUGUCUGAGUUUGGUGGAGUGCCCGAAAGUCACAGAUGAUGGCAUAAGGCGUGUGCUUGAAACUAAUCCUCGGUUAACUAAGCUCUUUGUACCUGGCUGCACGAGGCUCACCAUUGAAGGGAUUUUGAUUAACAUAAAGAAUUACAACUCCAAUAAAGAUUUCCAAGGCAUAAAGCACCUGAGAAUCGGCGGGCUGUAUGGCGUGACACGCGAUCACUAUGAAGAGCUGAAGUUGUUACUGGGCCCGGGUGGCCUCAGGCCCGAUAAACGUCAGGAGCCCCAUUUCUAUCACAGGGGAAAUUUUUAUCUUCCUUUUGAUGACAAUCGGACCAUAGACAUCGAGAUGUGCCCGAGGUGUGAGAAAUUCAGGCUGGUGUAUGAUUGUCCAGCCGGGGGCUGUCAGGUUAAGGAAUCGUCCUCUCAAGCAUGCAGAGCUUGUACCCUCUGCAUAGCAAGGUGUGCUCAAUGUGGUAGGUGUAUUAGCGACAAUGAGUAUGAGGAGACUUUCUGUUUGGAUCUGCUUUGUUCGUAUUGUUUCAAGCAGAUGCUCAAGUGCCAAAACGAGGUGGAUAAGAAGGUUGAUGAUACCUGCGUAUCUUUGGACGAACAGAGUUUUCUCUUUCCGAAGCAGAGUAUCUUGGGAAGCUCGAUGAUAUUUUUGUUCGUAAGAGAUGAGUAUGGGCUUUCGGUUUCAUCUGGAGGCGUGUGCUGUGCUGGUGAUCUCUCUGUAGUGCUGUUGUCUUAUUAUUUGGGUACGACUGGAGAAUGGAAGUAUAUCAGAGUGUGGAAGGCCCUUGAUGAGAUGUUUGGGGCGAAUGAUAAUUGA